AUGCCUAAAAUAAUUCAGCCUAAUAAUUUGGUUACUGAUUCUGUAAUUAUCUCUGACUCUUCGGCGUUAGACAAUCAAAUAGCUAUAAAUGUUCCGUUUCCUCCAAAAAUUGAUCCACGUGAUUUGAUAACCUUGCUUCCCGAUGGAAAUGUUCCGACCAGAACUCCUAAUGCCUUCAUAAUUUAUCGUAAAGCAUUAAUUGAAGCUGUACGUGCUGAAGGUCAUAAUUUACCAAUGUCCUCGAUAUCUUCUAUUGCCUCUAAACAAUGGUACAAAGAACCUGAUAACGUGAAAUCCGAAUAUAAAAGGCUUGCAAUUGAAGCAUUUAACUAUAGUAAUACUAUUAUUAAAUCAACUUCCAUAUCUCGUCGCAGAAAGAAUGAACGUUGGAAUACUAUUACUUUCAAUAAUAAUAGCAUGACUUCCCGUAAAGAUCCUAAAAGGCCCAAAAAAUUAUCAAAAAAUUCAAAGGUCCAAUCUCCUUCCAGACGUGGUUCCACUCCUGAAAAUUGGGAAGAAUAUGCUUACCAAAGCCCCGAAAUUGGUUCGAUCCCAAGUAAUGAAUGUAUGCUUGAAGACAACCUUGAUGCCAUAUUAUCUCCAAUACCUCCAUUCAUUUCUGAUUCCUAUCAACAAAUGUCAACAGAAGUACAAGUACCGCAUCAAAAUACUUGGAUGGUAGGAAAUUAUAUUAAUAAUGGACUCUAUUAUUAUGAUACAAAUUUAACUAGCCAAUUAGAUAAAAAUGUGGCGGUAAAUGAUGGCUUUUUUGGUUUUUCGGAAUUUCCAUACGUUGAUACCGGAAAAUU